AUGCCCCACCCCCCUGAUAUCCAUCCUGGCAAUUUUUCCCUCAACGUAUCCGCCAUCGCAGGAUUCUUCGGGGGUGAUGAAGCCAUCUCCGCCAUACAGACCAUCCAUCACUACAAGACCAGAAAGUUCCUGGGAUGGUACAACUCCCCCGGCAGCUGGAAUGUCGGCAAGAAGUUUGGAAAGCUCGCAAAAUCCCGUUUCUGGGAUGGGCUCUUUCCUGGGCCCAAUGAAGAACCAGCAAAAUUAUUUGAGCUUGAUGGCAAGCGGGGCCCGAAAUAUGUCGCCUCUAGAUCUGGAUCCGUCCUGGAGCACACUGGCCAUCUUGCAAAUUUGAUAAUGGAGAAGAGCAAGGAGGAACUAGGAGUGCUGGUACCAGGGGCUAGAGAUGUCACGAAACUGAAUAAAGUGACCAUUAUCAAGAUGCAGCCCGUCCCACCUCACAAGGGGCGUCACGCGCUUGCUGCAAUUCUACCAAUAGCCGCUAGUUGGAUCACAUGUGCAAUUUGUGGAUGGAUACGUGACUGGUUCUGCUUUUCAAUGAUUCUCCUGGGAAUUAUAUCAAACGGCAUGUUCUCUGUGAUCAUAGGGUUGGCAUGUUUACAGCUGCAAGGCGUAAGUACAGCACCUACGGCUCCACCGGGAGACGGAAUGCUGUUGGACGGUGAUAACAUCGUCCUCCUGCUUGGGAGAGAGAAAGAGGUCGCCACGAUCACGAGGGGCAGGUUCAUUCUUGAAUACAACAGCAUGCAUGGUGAAGAGCCCGUCAGAGACGAGUACGCUGCCAUUGGAUUCUUUUCGUCCCUACUCGUCAUACAACUCCUCGCCCAAUUGCUCUUAAUCCCCCAGGGCACAUUCACUGGUCAAACCAUGUUCCUGAUCUCUUUCGCAGUUUCGUGGCUGUACAACUUGUACUUGUCCUCCAUCAACAACGAGUAUAUCCAGGAACGAUCGAUCCUAAAAAUAUUUCAUCUGCAGAAGAAGCAUAUGCGGACGUACAUUUGUGGGACGAGAACAACUGCCGCGGUGUUCACAUGCCUGAUGCUCCAGCCUCCUGGGUUCAAACCAGAAAAUAUCAUUUGCAACUUCAUUCCGAAUGAUACGCAAGUAUGGAUCACAUGGAGAAAAAAGGUCUUGGAUGUAAUGAGAACGCGCAAUGGUGACCGAGUCGCUUGCCACAAUUUACUCGAGAUUACCAACGAGGAGAAAAGGGAUCUCGGGAUAGAUAACGAAAACCUUCUCAAAAAACUCUUGGGAGACGCUAAAAUUGCAUAUGAUCUGGCCAUGAGAGAGCAGGAGUGGUUGACGCGUUGA